AUGACAACAAGCUCACAAAUGUCAAAACUUAGAUAGAGGUUAUAAUUUAAACUUUAUAUUUUUUCUACAGCUGCUGCUGUAAAAUAGCUCUCAAACUAUUCAUGAUAAAACAACCAAGAAUACUUACAAAUUAAUCAAAAUCCAUUUCUAAAGCUAUACUUCACAUUGGCACGGAAUUUGUGAACUUUAUCUGGUCAUUGAGUCAUGGAUGCUGACGAUGAUGUACCUGCACUCUCUGCGGAGACAUUCGCAGCCCUCCAGGAGUUCUAUGCUGAGCAGCAGAAGCGACAGGAGAUACUUGACAAGCUAGAAGCUGAUAAUAAGCUUAAAGAAAAUAUUCUGUUUGAUGAAAAUUGGCAACUGAGCCAGUUCUGGUACGACGAGACAACAGUGCAGGCCCUAGUACGUGUCGUGGAUAAGACACUGGGCGCAGGGGGGCGCGUAGCGCUCAUUUCCUGCCCCACACUGUUCGUGCCAGUCAAGCGACAAGUGGGAGAUAGGGCUACAGUGACGCUGUUAGAAUACGACCGUCGUUUCGAAGUGCAUGCUCCAGACUUUGUGUUCUACGACUACAACUGUCCAGACAAGUUGCCUCCAGAACUCCUUGGCUCCUACGACCUGGUGGUGGCAGAUCCUCCCUUCCUCUCCGAAGAGUGCAUCACUAAGACUUCACAGACUAUUAAACUUAUGGCCAAGGAUAAAAUAAUAGUGUGUACAGGAGCCAUAAUGAAAGACAAAGUGAAGGAACUGUUAGGACUCAAUUUGUGUGAGUUCCAACCUCAUCAUAGAAACAACUUGGCCAAUGAAUUCUCUUGUUACGCUAAUUUCGAAUUGGAUGACAUUUUGAGAUGAUUCUUUCAUUUGUUUAUUUAUUUUUAAGUGUAUCGGUGUAAUGGCAUUUAUUGUCCUAAGUGUACAAUAUUUAUACGAGUAUGUUACUACAUAAUGUAUACAACAUAGUUGGCUAAGACAAGAAUUAAAAUAUAAAUAAAUAUUUAAGAAAGA